AUGUUUACGCUUAUGCGCCUAUGCAAAAGUGUGUGCUCCCCGCUUUAACCUGUGGUCUGGCCGAGUCUCCUGUCGACUCUUAAAGUGGAGUUUAGACCGUGGCGCAGUUUAAUUAAAUAAGUGUGUGAUAAAUUUAAGAAACGAUAAUGUCAGAUACGGCUAAAAAGGUUAUCAAAUGUAAAGCUGCAGUAGCAUGGAAACAGAAGGAGCCUUUAUCUUUAGAAGAAGUCGAAGUAGCACCACCAAAGGCACAUGAAGUUCGAAUUAAAAUAGUAGCUGUAGCACUUUGUCAUACAGAUGCUUACACUCUUGAUGGCUUAGAUCCAGAAGGAAUAUUUCCUUGUAUACUUGGUCAUGAAGGUAGUGGCAUUGUAGAAAGUGUUGGAGAGGGUGUCACUGAGUUUCAACCAGGCGAUCAUGUUAUACCACUUUAUAUUCCACAAUGUAAUAAUUGUAAAUUCUGCAAAUCAUCAAAAACAAAUUUAUGCAGCAAAAUUCGCGAAACUCAAGGUAAAGGGUUAAUGCCUGAUGGUACAUCUCGCUUUACAUGUAAAGAACAAACAAUUGCACAUUUUAUGGGUUGUUCUACCUUUUCUGAAUAUACAGUGGUAGUUGACAUUUCUCUUGCUAAGGUUAAUCCUACAGCACCAUUGGACAAAAUAUGCCUGUUAGGUUGUGGAGUAUCUACAGGCUAUGGUGCAGCAUUAAAUACUGCAAAGGUAGAGCUUGGAAGUACUUGUGCUAUAUGGGGUUUAGGAGCUGUCGGUCUUGCUGUAGCAUUUGGUUGUAAAAAAGCUGGUGCAUCUCGUAUUAUUGGAAUAGAUAUUAAUCCAGCCAAAUUUGAGCAAGCUAAAAUUUUUGGAUGCACAGAAUUUGUCAAUCCAAAAAAUUAUGAUAAACCUAUUCAACAAGUGUUAAUCGAGAUGACUGAUGGUGGAUUAGAUUAUACCUUUGAAUGUAUUGGAAAUGUAAACACUAUGAGAGCUGCAUUAGAAUCUUGCCACAAAGGAUGGGGUACAUCCGUAAUAAUAGGAGUAGCUGCAAGUGGGCAAGAAAUCAGUACUAGACCAUUCCAAUUGGUUACAGGACGAGUGUGGAAAGGUUCUGCAUUUGGCGGAUGGAAAUCAAAGGAAAGUGUACCAAAAUUAGUAAAUGAAUAUCUAUCAAAAGAAUUGAUUCUUGAUGAAUUUAUUACGCAUAGUUUUCCAUUUGAAAAAAUCAAUGAAGGUUUCGAUUUGUUGCAUUCAGGAAAUUGUUUGAGAGCCAUUCUCAAAUAUUAAUACAUAUUUUGUAUUUUGUGCAACAAACUACGGUCUAUUGAAAUUUAUGUGUGUGUCUCCUUCACAAUUUAUAUAAAGAAAAGAUGCCAAAUACAUUGAAUACAUAUAUCUAUA